UGCCGCCACCCGCCCUGCACCGCCGCCACCUGCCCGCCCCCUCGCGGCCAUAUGUGCCCUCCGAUCGAUCCCUCCACGCCUCCAACCUCCCGUCGAUCCCCUUCCUCCCCACCCUCUCGUCGCUAAAAACAGAUCUACUGUAUGGGAGGGAAGGGAAGGAGUCCGCCGUUACGUGGGAAUUCUCACGUGCUUGCGUGGUUUGCUGGAGGCUGCUGUCGCUGCCACCGGGAUGGCGACGCACUUCACGCCGGCGCACGCGGUGUCGCACCACCACCCGUCGUCCGCCGCCGCCGACGGCGAAGGCCACCGCACGCCUGCACGCAUCCACGCCGCCGGCCUCGGCAUCAGCUGCGGUGGCAGCGCAGUGCCCGCCACACCUCUCGUGGCGUCAUCCCCAGCAUCCUCCUCUGCGUCGUGCCCGCCCGCCCACAACCCAAUCUCCGUCAGCCCAGCGUCCUUGUGGUGCAGAUCCUGCAGCAGUGAGUUGGAGGACCUCAAUGGUGGCCUCGUGUGGAACGCCAUGCUGCAUCAAUCGAGAGGUGCGAGAUGGUGUUGGACAUCCCACAGGUGCAGCAAGGUGACCAGACGGGUGCAUGGUCUUGGCCGAGGGAAGAAAGCUAGCUGGGUGCCUGAUCUGCUCCUGGUGCUUGCCGGCAGGAAGAAGGAAGAGCUACUGGUAGGUGGUUGCUGCUGCUGUUUUGGUGGACAGAAGAACAGAGCAGAAGGUGUGCUGGUGAUUCGAGCUGUUGCUUGCCCAUUUAUGGAGGAAGAAAAAUAAAGAAGCUAGCUAUUGUGGAUUGCUGGCUCAGUGGAGAAAAGAAGACAGGAAUGAUGGUUGAACAGGGGAGCACUUCUUGCUGGAUUGGGUUUGGUGAGGCCGCGUCAGCACCCAGAGAUUUGUCAUUUUGUUUGCUUAAAAUUGUUGAUGAAUCCAAGGUGAACUCUCGGGAUUAGUUGCCAAUAACAAAUGAUCAGAUAUAAGGUAACCAAGAGAUUUCAUCGACGCGUCUCUACUUACCUGUUCCUAGGUAGCUUCUGCUCAAGGUCAUGCACCUUCUUCUCAAGUUCAACGCUCUUGCUUACUUUUUGUGUCAACUUAUUGAACUCUGUGGUAAUCUCAGCAACUUUAUCCCUCUCUUCUGUGACCUGGAAAGCUCAGACGAUUCAAUGCAAGAGAAAAAUGUUGCAAGCUAGCAAAUGCACCAUGCUAUUUCAGCAAGUCGGUAAGUUUCAAUAGUAAAAGGAUGUCUUGCAUUAGCCAAAACCUAUAAGUAUGGGUACUGCAAAAUUGCAAAGCUUCAUCAUGGUAUUAUAAUAUUUGCUGACCUCAUGUAAGAUGAUGGUCUCUUUACAAUGGGAUAAUGAUGCAAGGAUAAUGUUUACCUUC